AUGGCUUCCCUAGGGACUUCGGCGUCAUUAUGGCGAAGCUUCGUGCCUCGCCUGUCGUCCAAAGAACUCUUCACCUGCCGCCAAUGCCUGGGCAACCAGGGUUACGCCAAUGCCGCCAAAUCCAUCCGUCGCUUCGGCGCAAUGCCAUCCCUCCAACCCAACAAGAUCCGUACGCCCCUGUUCUCCGAUAAAAACCGACAAUUCUUCACUUCCAGCCUAAGAAGGUCCGCGGCUGCUGCUGCGCCUGCCGCGACUGUUAUUGCCGAGGAGUCCGCUGCCAAAGCCAAGUCGAGCUUCCCCAAGAUCAGCGACAAGUCGGUUGCCUACUUCCUCCUUGCUAGUGCCGCGAGUGUUUUUGGAAUUGUCAUUUUUGGUGGAUUGACACGUUUGACGGAAUCAGGAUUGAGUAUCACGGAAUGGCGACCUGUCACCGGCUCCAUGCCACCCAUGAACGCCGCAGACUGGGAAGCCGAGUUCGCCAAGUACCGAGCAUCCCCCGAAUUUAAGCAAUUGAACUCGCACAUGAAUCUGGACGACUUCAAGUCGAUUUACUAUAUGGAAUGGAUCCACCGUCUCUGGGGUAGAUUCGUCGGCAUGUCCUUCGUUAUUCCCGCGGUCUACUUUGUUGCUCGGAAAAAGGUAUCGACUCCCAUGGCCUGGCGUCUGUUCGGAAUUGCCGGUCUCAUUGGCUUCCAAGGAUUCCUCGGCUGGUGGAUGGUCAAGUCUGGUCUCAAGGAUGAUCUGUUUGCGCCGGGUAGCCACCCGCGUGUCAGCCAGUACCGUCUGACGGCUCACCUGGGCGCUGCCUUUGUCUGCUAUGUCGCUAUGCUGUGGAAUGGACUGGCCAUUCUUCGAUCCAACCGUCUGAUGGCUGAUGCUGCUUCGGGAUUGAAGCAGCUUGAGGCCCUUCGGGACCCACGACUGGCAAUCUUCCGCCGCUCCGUUGCGGGUCUUGCUCUGCUUGUUUUCACUACUGUUAUGUCUGGAGGUCUCGUCGCAGGCCUCGAUGCCGGUCUCAUCUACAAUGAGUUCCCAUACAUGGGCAAGGGACUUGCACCGCCUAGCUCUGAGCUAUGGGACGCUCACUACUCUCGUCAUGAAGAUCGCUCCGACCUCUGGUGGCGCAACAUGCUCGAGAACCCUUCCCUCGUUCAGCUUGACCACCGCAUUCUCGCCAUGACAACAUUCACCACCAUUAUGGCUUUGUGGGCUUAUAGCCGUCGCUCACCCACCGUGAAGCGCAUCCUGCCCCCCCGCCCCGUCGGCCUUGGUAUCUCCACUUUGCUCUAUCUUGUGCCAACCCCACUCGCCUCUGCCCACCAGGCUGGUAGCUUGUUCCUUCUCACUUGGGUUAUUGUCCUGGGUAGCCGUGUCUGGCACCCGUCUCGCACAGCUAAGCUGCUGCAAAUGGCAGCCAAGGCUCGCAGCCAACAGCUUUCAUCUACUUCUGCGUCUGCUGUGAAGAGAUUGUAA